AUGAGGGAGGUGGCCUAUGUGGCGCUCCUCGCUGAUUUCAUGUGCAUCGUUGGGCUGCUGGUGGUGCUCAACAUCGAUUUGGGCUACAUGGAUAUAAAUCACGACUACAUUGAGCCUAUAGGCGUGGUGUCUGCCAUUCCGUUCUUCUUCGGAGUGGCGAGUUACUGUUUCGAAGGGGUGGGAAUGGUGUUGCCGCUGGAGAAUUCGAUGCGCAACAAGCACAACUUCAUGCCGAUUCUCGUGUGCACAGUCGUGAUCAUCACGUCGCUGUACGCCACGUUCGGUAUCUGCGGAUAUCUGGCCUUCGGUAUCGACACAGACGCGGUUAUCACGCUUAAUUUCGAGGGAAGCGGCGGCUUGGUCACGCUCGUUAAGGUUUUCCUGUGUUUGGGACUCUUCUUCACGUACCCCGCGAUGCUGUUCCCGGUCUUUGAGGUGCUACAGCCAAUGGUGGCGUGUGGUAACAAGCUUGAGAACCCACAAACGACUCAGAAAAAGGGAAUUGUUCUCCGCGCUGGAGUUGUGCUGCUCACUGCGGUGAUCGCUGCCGGUGUUCCAGAUUUUGGUCGAUUUAUUUCGUUCAUCGGCUCGACGUGCUGCUCGUUAUUGGCUUUUAUCCUGCCUGCAUUCUUCCACCUGCAUCUGUUUAGUGACGAGCCCUCAACGUGUGGAAACCGGUUGCGCCAGGUUUUCCUAUGUGGAAUGAUGCUCCUAGGUUCUGUGAUGCUGGGAGCAGGGGUGGUCGAAGCAAUCAUCAGUGUACUCUAA